AUGGUAGAGUAUGUCCCAGGAACUGUCGUGGACUUGCAAACGUUGCCUUAUAGAAGCCCUAAUGGAGAAUUGGAACUGGGAAAAAGAGUGUUUCGUCGACUGUUCUGGACUUUCGAUCCAUGUGUUAGGGCCUUUUCCCACUGCAAACCGGUAGUGCAAGUUGAUGGAACAUGGCUUUAUGAAAAAUACACGCAGAUACUUCAGAUUACGGUUGCACAAGACGGUAAUGGAAAUGUACUACCAAUCGCUUUUGCCAUCAUAGAGUCGGAGAACUCUGAAUCAUGGGCAUAUUUCAUUCGAAACUUACGGAGACAUGUUGUCAGGCAAGACAACAUUUGUAUUAUAUCUGACAGAUCAAAGGGUCUUGUUGCUGCAAUUCGGCAAUCGGAGGUUCCGUGGAUGUCUGUCUAUUGUAUUCGUCACAUCGCUGUGAACUUCCACAAUGAGUAUAAGAACAAAGAUUGGCGCAAACGAAUUGUCAACAUGGGGUACGAGCUGGAACCACACCGAUUUAGACAUAAGCUAGCGAGGUUAGAGAUUGAUAUGGUGGGCUGCAAACCUUCUCUUACACAAUGGUUGAGAAGCAUGGAGCUGUGGUUAGCAAUCUUAAUGCCAAAAAUGAGGUUGAAACAAGCAAAACAGUUAGAGGCAGGACACGUGUACGUCAAAAAAAUCAGAGAUGCCAUGAAAGAUAACACUCAAAGGGCUAGGUUGAUGAAUGUAGAACUAUAUUCUCAAAAUUUGGAAACUUUUCCAGUGACAGAGUAUAUCAAUCGUCGGUCAAGGAUCCCGCCACGGUCCUAUGGAGUUGAUCUCCGAAACAGGCGGUGUGAGUGCGGGAUGUUCCAAGCACUACGAUACCCGUGUGCUCAUGUAGUUGCAGCUUGUGCUACCUAUAGUUUGAAUGUCAAACAAUAUAUCAAUGAUGUAUACACACUUGAACGUACGUUGCGUAUUUGGGGUAACGAGUUCCCUGUAUUAAGGGAUAUAUCGACAUGGGAAGUGCAAUCGCCUGCAUUCGAGAUGUUGCCUGAUCAGUCACUACGUAGGAGAGUCAAAGGUAGACCGACAAAAACGAGGAUUCGAAACGACAUGGAUGUAAGAUAA